AUAUUGAUGGGGGUGCCGACUGCCGAGGUCCUAAUUCCUAAGCAUUUCCUGCUCUCGGUUGCUCCACCGAAAACAAUAUUAAAAAGCACAGAAAAUCCAAAAUCCACAGGUGAGAGCGCAACACCCUUCAGAUGCUCUUCGCUUUGGGUGUUUUCUCCUAUCUACUUUCCUCUUUCACUUCACCACUCCGUAGCAAUGGCUACUACUCUUGUCUUCUCAAAUCCCUACUCCCCCUUACCUCACCGCCCCUUUGGCAAUAAGCGGUCGACCCACCUACUCAGACGGCCUGCCUCUACCCUCAAAACUCUGCUCAUACCCUCUUUCAAGGAAUCCUUCCAUAGUUCACUAUUUGCUUCCAAUUCCCUCCCAUUAUUCACCCGGAGGUUUCAGCUGGCCGUCCGAAUUUCCACGGGUGAUACGGAGACAAAGAAAUCUUCCGAUGAUGAUGAUGAGUCUUCGCCAGUGUUGUUGAUGGGCGAGGACUCCGCCUCGUUCGACUUGGCCCAGCAGAAGAUAUCUUCUUGGAUAUAUUUCUCUCUUAUUCUUGGAGUGGUUCUGUUUGUGCUUGACUUUGUUUGGAUUGAUAACUCGACUGGCCUCGGCAAGGCCUUCGUCGACGCUGUUUCUGGACUUUCGGGCAGCCAUGAGGUUGUGAUGUUAACCCUCAUUCUCAUUUUUGCCAUUGUCCACAGUGGCUUGGCUAGUCUCCGAGAUGGGGGUGAAAAACUCAUAGGAGAACGUGCUUUCCGUGUUCUGUUUGCAGGGACAUCUCUACCGUUGGCUGUUAGUACUAUUGUGUAUUUUAUCAACCACAGAUAUGAUGGACAACAAUUAUGGCAGCUCCAGAGUGUUCCUGGGCUUCACCAAUUCGUGUGGCUCUCUUCUUUUAUCUCUUUCUUUUUCCUCUAUCCUUCGACCUUUAAUUUGUUGGAGGUAGCGGCAGUUGAGAAGCCUAAAAUGCAUCUUUGGGAGACUGGGAUAAUGAGAAUCACGAGGCACCCACAGAUGGUUGGGCAGGUAGUCUGGUGCCUGGCUCACACUCUUUGGAUCGGAAACUCGGUGGUUGUAGCUGCCUCUGUUGGAUUGAUUGGCCACCAUCUAUUUGGUGUUUGGAAUGGGGAUAGGAGGUUAGCUAUACGGUAUGGUGAGGCUUUCGAAUCUGUGAAAAGGCGAACAAGUGUAAUUCCAUUUGCAGCGAUUCUUGAAGGCCGUCAAAAGUUGCCAAAAGAAUACUACAAAGAAUUUAUUCGAGUUCCAUAUUUGACAAUCACAGCAUUGACAUUAGGUGCAUAUUUUGCACACCCACUUAUGCAGGCAGCCAGUUUCGGUCUUCAUUGGUAGGGUAUAGAUUCAUUCAUCUGCUGUUGCAUCCGAUGAUACGCCAUUUUCGUUUUUGGAUUUGUAUAUAAUCGAUAUACCAAAACACUUGCUUUUGUCCCGUGCACACACUACAAGUUCUACCAUUCAGGAAUAAUGCAUUUUUCAUGCA